UUCACUUCAUGGAGCCGCCUCGAAGAGCCGUUUCGUUCGCAAGAGACACGUCACUAGGACGUAUAUAAGAAAAUUCCGCCAUAGUUUCUUUCUUUGUAAUAAUGUCGGCUGAGAACGAUAAUAGAGACAAUGGCCCAGAGGGCAUGGAGCCAGAUGGCAUCAUUGAGAGCAACUGGCAUGAGAUUGUGGAGAGCUUUGACGAGAUGAUCCUGCGCGAGGAACUGCUCCGGGGAAUUUACGCCUACGGUUUUGAGAAGCCUUCUGCCAUCCAGCAGAGAGCCAUUCUACCUUGUAUCAAGGGUUAUGAUGUGAUUGCUCAGGCCCAGUCCGGAACUGGAAAGACUGCCACCUUUGCCAUUUCCAUUCUCCAGCAGAUUGAUGUUUCCCUGAAGGGAACCCAGGCUCUGGUCUUGGCCCCCACCAGGGAGCUAGCUCAACAGAUCCAGAAAGUGGUGCUGGCUCUGGGGGACUACAUGGGUGCCAGUUGCUACGCCUGCAUCGGAGGGACCAGCAUUCGCAACGAAGUCCAGAAGCUGCAGGCAGAGGCCCCCCACAUCGUGGUGGGUACCCCGGGCCGAGUCUUUGACAUGUUGUCCCGCAAAAACCUCUCUUCCAAACACAUCAAAAUGUUUGUGCUGGAUGAGGCAGACGAGAUGCUCAGUCGAGGCUUCAAGGACCAGAUCUACGAGAUCUUCCAGAAACUGCCACCCAGCACACAGGUUGUCCUACUGUCGGCCACCAUGCCAGCCGAUGUCUUGGAGGUCACAAAGAAGUUUAUGCGCGAACCCAUCCGCAUCCUGGUCAAGAAGGAGGAGCUUACCUUGGAGGGUAUCCGCCAGUUUUACGUCAAUGUGGAGAAAGAGGAGUGGAAGCUGGAGACGCUUUGCGAUCUGUAUGAAACCCUCACCAUCACACAAGCCGUCAUCUUCAUCAACACCAGGAGGAAAGUGGACUGGCUCACUGAGAAAAUGCAGUCCAGGGACUUUACAGUGUCUGCUAUGCACGGUGACAUGGACCAGAAAGAGAGGGACUUGAUCAUGAGGGAGUUCCGUUCCGGCUCUAGUAGAGUCCUCAUCACCACUGACUUGCUGGCCCGUGGUAUCGACGUGCAGCAGGUAUCUCUCGUCAUCAACUACGACCUUCCGACCAACCGGGAGAACUACAUCCACAGGAUCGGACGUGGUGGUCGUUUUGGCCGAAAGGGUGUCGCCAUCAACUUGGUGACUGAGGACGACAAGCGCACCCUGCGGGACAUUGAGACCUUCUACAACACCACCAUCGAGGAGAUGCCCAUGAAUGUGGCUGAUCUUAUCUAAAAACAAACAUGUAUGAAUUUGCCCCUCCAUUUUUAAAAGCAAAAAAGCCCACAUCAACUUCACUUUCUUUUCCCACGCGAGGAACGCCCAUAUAAGGACGUUACAACCCAAUCAGAUGUCUUGCUAAUUUGCAUUCAUGUUUUAACCCUGGUGGCUGUUUUUGCACACUGUCUUUAGGAUUAUUACCAUCAUGAAGAGGAUGUGCUGCGUUGGACCACAACAGUGUUAAAACGUCAGUGUACAUAAAAGAAAAAUACGUAAAAAAAAAAAACAACAAACAAAACAAAAAACGUUGGGGGCUUCAGAGUACACAAUAAAAAGACCUGUAUAGUUAACGGCUGUUUUCAUACUUAUUAUGAUACACUGUUCAUGGCCCGUAGUCAAUGGAUGGAUUGCAGGUGAGUUAUGCUAAAUUAUUUUUAUCCCCCCUCUUAGUUUUGUAGCAUUUAUUUUUUAUUAAAAAAAACAUGGUGGCCACUUUGUGUGAACUACCUCAGCAGUGAAAUUAAACGUGUGUGUUAAAAGGACCAAAAUAAAGCGUCCCAGCAUAAUAACCUGUUCUCAUGUGGAGGGGAGGAUUUCCAUCUUGUUUAUACUUUUUUUUUUAAGUGACUAUUGACUUGUUAAUCUUUUUUUUUUGACACGGAAGACGGUGUAUAAAAUUUUUUUCUACAUUGGAUUCUGUAUAGUAUUUAUUUUUAAUGGUCUUUAAAAACAAUAAUAAAGGUGUCCUUUUUCACAGUGGAA